CAUAAGGUGUUAAUCGAGGGCUUAUUAAUACAGCUCUUACUUGGCGAAAGGAUCAUUUUAAUCAAGUACCUGUGCGACAGAAGGUCUAGGACUCGUGACCGUCGUGUCGGUCGUUGCAUCCCGCACUGUCACAACGCGAUCGAGAUCUUCGCGUCUGACGAAGAGCGACAAAAAGAAGAGAGUGGGAGAGAAACGUGGAAACGAUUAGAGGAAGCCGAGCGAGUGAGCGAUCAAAAGAAAGAGGGAGAUAGAGAAAAAGAGAGAGAGAGAGAGAGGGCGCGCGAGAAAUCGAGAAAAUGACUCCUACUCGUAAUGAAGAGAUAGAGGGGCGCUCGUAUAAAGACUAUGCUUACAGUUCUGUGCCAGUGAGUUCCUCUUCGGCAGUGUUUGACACUGUCACCCCCGGCAAAGAAUCUGUGGAGCCAAGUGCAGGAAAAAGCAGAACAUCCUUCCGCGUCGUUGACAAUUAUCGUCCUGAAAACAUGACGGAAAAAGGUUCCAAGCUCAUCCAGUUCCUGGCUGCUGCGGCAGGUAAUCUAUGUAUUGUGGCGACUGGUGCGAUGUUGUCAUGGACUAGUCCAGUUCUUCCUAAUUUGGAGAAAGAUGGUGGACCUUUGGGAUCACCGAUCACCCCCGACGAAAGUUCGUGGAUAGGAUCUCUAGUGGCCCUUGGUGCAAUCCCCGGUAGUUUCAUAGCAAGUCACCUCGGAGAAAGAUGGGGUCGCAAAAAAACAGCACUAUUUUCCGUCGUACCGUUUUUAAUUGGAUGGGCAUUAGUUGCUACCGCAGUUCAUAUUGCUCAGCUUUAUAUCGCGCGAAUAAUAUUUGGAAUCGCUCUGGGUAUUGCAUUCACGAUUAUACCUAUGUAUUGUGGUGAAAUCGCUGAGACUUCCAUCAGAGGAACAUUGGGCUCUUUUCUUCAGCUUUUUAUUACAGUUGGAUUAUUGUAUUCUUACGCUAUUGGACCUUUCGUUAGCUAUACAACCUUGUGGAUUGUCUGUGCCAUUCUGCCAGUACUCUUCUUCGUCUGUUUCGCAGUAAUGCCGGAGUCUCCGUAUUAUCUUCUUAGUAAGGGCUGUAGAAAUGAAGCGAUCGCGUCUCUGGCAAAACUCCGAAGUAAAACCGAAGUAGCUGUUCAGAAAGAAGCUGAUGAAAUGCAGGAGAUAAUCGAUGAGGCUUUUAGAAAUCAAGUCAGCAUCUUGGAUCUGUUCAAGGUGAAAGCUAAUUUAAAGGCCCUUAUCUACACUUGUGCCUUGGCUUCCUUCCAACAGCUUACUGGUAUCAAUGUCGUGCUAUUCUAUAUGCAAAAUAUCUUUAUUGCCGCCGGAAGUUUUGUCCCAACAGAAUUUUCACCAAUUAUCAUCGGUGUCGUGCAAUGCUUAGCAUCAUGCGUAACACCCUUCGUCGUCGACAGAUGGGGAAGAAGAGUGCUUCUCGUUUUCUCCGGCAUUGGAGAAACAGUCAGUUUGGGUGCUUUGGGUUUGUAUUUCUAUCUGAAAGAAGUGCAGCACGCGGAUGAUGUGGUGGCGCAGAUAUCCUGGCUGCCGGUAGUCUCGCUCGUCAUCUUCAUCUCUACUUAUAGCGUGGGUUGGGGUCCGCUUCCUUGGGCCGUGAUGGGUGAGAUGUUUGCCUCGAAUGUCAAGGCCAAGGCCUCUGGUAUAACAGUCUCUGUCUGCUGGUUCCUGGCUUUUCUCAUAACAAAGUUCUCCAAAGAUAUGGAGACUGCGUUCGGCAACUAUGCGACCUUCUGGAUGUUCGGCGCAUUCUGUGUAUUAAGUAUCCUCUUCGCAGUACUCCUAUUGCCGGAAACGAAAGGCAAGAGUUUGAGAGAAAUCCAGGACGAGCUUAACGGAGUGAUUUCGAUCAAUGUAGAUACGGAGACAGGUACGAAAAAGUGAAUAGGAAGACACGCGAUCUAUUAUUUUCACGAAUGUAUGUUAAACAUCUGGUGAGUUGGUGCCAUCUUGAAAAGAUUAGGUAUUUCUCGAUGAAAUAGAAUACAUGGUAAAUUUUUAUAUUUUUAUAAUGUGUAGAAGAAAUUUUGUAUUCAUUAAGACAAACAAAAAUUAAGGAAAACUAAAAAAAUGUCACAAUAGACAGAAUUAAUGUGUGUGCCUAUUAUUAUACUGCCACUUAUGGAAAUGUAAACAAAAUGGGCAUAUUUUUAAGCUUGGACUAUUGUCUAGUCUAUUUCACUAUUGUUCAGUUUAUCACUAGUGCUGAUGAGUUAAAUAAAAAUAAUAAACAGGUUUAAUAAAUAGAAGCAUAAUCGGAUAAUUCAAGCAAAUCGUGAGAGAUUUAGAAUAAUUAACAUUCAAGAAAUUCAUUAAACAGAGAUUGGUGGAUUUUAUUUUUUUCUCGCAUUUAUUUUUUUACGCGCGGAUAAUUUUGUUGUGCUCUAUAAAGGGACCAAAAAUCCUUAUCAUCCAUGGAAAAUUUUACAUAUAACACUACAAUUAUACGCGUAUAUAAUAGAAAUCAUACCAUUACAUAUUUAGAACAUAUUUAUAAAUAUAUUCGCGUUAAUAUUUUGAUACAUUUAAAUAUCCUUUUAUUUUAUUUGCUGAGUAUAACAAAUAUGUGAUAUGCUAAUAAACACUCCUGUAAACAUAUUUUUUAGAAAGUUCCUGUCUAUUCCCGUGACUAGAGAACGUCGUAAUAGAGUAAUCAGCAAAAAUAAUUAUUUUAUUUUUUUUUUAUCUUUUAUCGAAAGAGUAUUACAUUCUGACUAUAGAUAUAUAGAGUAAACUAAAAAAACCAAAAAGAUUAUUCUUACGACGUAUUUCUCAUUCACGAGUGAGAGACUAGUCAUUUCGUAACAUACGAGUAUCUAUGUAUAGAAAAGAGCAAAUGUAAUAUUAUUCAAUGGCACUGAAAAUAUUAAAGUCUAAGGAAACAUUGCACACAUUGCUCGAUUAUCAUAUCAUGAAAUUAAAGAUAUCACUAGAAUUACCUAAUAAAUUGUGGUGAAUUAUGCAGCGAUUAUAUAAAGAUGUACGAGGUCACUUUGUUGUUAUUAAUAAAUGUUAACAGCAACAAAGUUGUCAUCAAUACAUUUAAUUACAACAAAUCGUAAUUCUUCCGUAUUUUGUGUAUAAUAUAAAUCGCAUUAUAAUUAUAAAGUAUAGAUUUAAAAAUAAUAGAAAUAAUAUUUAAAAACCCGUAUUAUUAGUUGAUUUGAGUUAGUUUUAAAUUAUUCUAUUUUUAAAUAAGCAUAAUAUUUUGUAAUAUUUAA